GUCCAUCAGCAGCGCUACCACCUUUAACCCCUUCCCUCCCCUCCACCCAGCAGCUGCUCAGCCUGUCAGGUCAGACCCACUGGCUGCUGACAGAUGCCAGCCGGGAGCUGCCAGGCAGGAGGCAGCGGCCGGGCAUUCCCUCUCCCAGCUGCAUUGUGGGUACAAGCAGGAUGCAAAGAUGGCUGAGAAGCAGAAGCACGACGGACGGGUUAAGAUAGGACACUACGUCCUGGGGGACACGCUGGGGGUCGGCACCUUCGGCAAAGUCAAGAUGGGGGAGCACCAGCUGACAGGACAUAAAGUGGCAGUGAAGAUCUUAAACAGGCAGAAGAUUCGGAAUCUGGACGUGGUCGGUAAAAUUAAGCGGGAGAUCCAGAAUCUGAAGCUUUUCCGUCAUCCUCAUAUUAUUAAACUGUACCAGGUGAUCAGCACCCCGACAGACUUCUUCAUGGUGAUGGAGUAUGUGCCUGGCGGAGAGCUCUUUGACUAUAUAUGCAAACAUGGCCGGGUAGAAGAGCCCGAGGCCCGGCGCCUGUUCCAGCAGAUCCUGUCGGCUGUAGAUUACUGCCACAGACAUAUGGUUGUUCACCGGGAUCUGAAACCAGAGAACGUGUUACUAGACGCACAGAUGAAUGCCAAGAUUGCUGACUUUGGUCUGUCUAACAUGAUGUCGGAUGGGGAGUUCCUACGUACGAGCUGUGGCUCCCCAAACUAUGCCGCCCCUGAAGUCAUAUCAGGAAGACUGUACGCUGGACCGGAAGUGGACAUAUGGAGCUGCGGGGUCAUCCUGUACGCCCUUCUAUGUGGGACUUUGCCAUUUGAUGAUGAGCACGUUCCAACCCUCUUCAAGAAGAUCCGCGGGGGAGUAUUUUAUAUGCCCGAGUACCUGAACCGCUCGGUGGCGACAUUGCUGAUGCACAUGCUGCAGGUCGACCCCCUUAAACGCGCCACAAUCAAAGACAUGAGAGAACAUGAGUGGUUUAAGCAGGAUCUCCCCAGCUACUUGUUCCCAGAAGACCCAUCGUACGACGCCAACGUGAUUGAUGACGAAGCCGUGAAGGAAGUUUGUGAAAAAUUUGAGUGCACAGAGUCGGAGUUCAUGAACAGCCUGUACAGUGGCGACCCACAAGAUCAGCUGUCGGUGGCUUACCACCUCAUCAUAGACAAUCGAAGGAUCAUGAACCAGGCUAGUGAAUUCUACCUCGCUUCCAGUCCACCCACUGGAUCAUUCAUGGAUGAAAUGCACAUCCCACCAGGAGUCAAGCCUCACCCAGAACGAAUGCCGCCUUUAAUCGCUGAUAGCCCUAAAGCCAGGAAUCCACUGGAUGCCCUGAACACCACCAAACCCAAGCCCUCGACAGUGAAGAAAGCCAAAUGGCACCUGGGGAUCCGCAGUCAAAGCAAGCCUCAUGAUAUUAUGGCCGAGGUGUACCGAGCAAUGAAGCAGCUGGAUUUUGAGUGGAAGGUGGUAAACCCUUAUCAUCUGCGAGUGCGGCGGAAGAAUCCUGUAACCGGUAAUUACGUGAAGAUGAGCCUCCAGCUCUACCAAGUGGAUAAUCGCAGUUAUCUGCUGGACUUCAAAAGCAUUGACGAUGAAGUCAUGGAACACAAGUCCGGCUCCUCUACGCCCCAGCGCUCGUGUUCUGCAGCCGGUCUGCACCGACCACGACUGAGCAUUGAUUCUGUGAGCGUUGAAUGCCCUUCCCAGAGUGGAUCCAUGUACGGAUCCUUUUCUGGCUCCUUCUCUCUGGCAAACCCACGCUUAGGUAGCCACACUAUGGAUUUCUUUGAAAUGUGCGCCAGCCUGAUCACCACAUUAGCUCGCUGACGAGCACCGCACAAUAUACACGGCUCUGGUCUGUCCUAUGGCAGUUAUGACGGUCACUCUGGAAAUUGGUUGAGUUCUGAUUGUGUUUUACUUAAAGGGAUUCUCCAUCUAGAAUUUAUUUUUGAAAAACAUCUGAUUACUAACGCAGGCAACGUUGGACAAGAAUAUGGGAUAGUCAAUGGCAAGUUCCUCCUGGCAGCAAGGUGUCAAUAUAGCUUUGAGGUGGGCCAUCUGAGACAGACUGGCUGCCACAGACAUGGCGCCUAAGAGCCAAGGCUAUAGGUACCAAUGAGGCAGAUUAUGCAUCUAUUGCGGGGUCUUUGGAGAGGAAUGGGUCAACCAUGGUUGGUGCCAACCCUUAGGUUGCUUGGUGACAAGAACUUGUGGAGAGUCUCCUCCCCAGAGGAACUGUAUUGUUACCAGUCAUGGGGGCUGAGAGUCAACACAAGAGUCAUGAAAAGGGAAGGAUGGGGCCCCUUCCUUUCAUUAGGCCAUUAGCCACUAGUCUGUCUCAGGUUUCAAACCUAACUUUCUUCUCACUAGUACAGCCACAUGUAAUUGGUUUCCGGGGGAAAUUUUUGAAGGUUUAGAAAGGGUUAAAAAAAAAGUCUGGCUCACCUCUCCGAUUCCGUGCCUCUGUUUUUCCAAUGCAGCUUCUGUCUCUGCUGUUCCUCACUUCCUGGUCUUGGUUUGACACACAGGAAAUAGCAUAGAAUCCCCGCUCAGCCAAUCAGUGGCCAUAGCAGUGACCCGCCUCAGCCACUGAUUGGCUGUGCAGGUAGUCAAAGCCGUUUCCUUUGUGUCAAACCAGGACAAGGAGGUUCAGAGCAGCGGGGACUGGAGCGGCAUCA